AUGAGUGAAGAAAAAGAUAUGGAAGUUGAGGCUUUAUCAGCCAUUUAUAUGGAUCAUUUCAAUAGUAUAGAUUCAGAUCAUGUACAAAUUACAUUACUACCAAAUCCAGGUGGUGAUGAACCAAAUUUUGUUGCAAUUAUUUUAGAUAUUAUAUUUUCAGUUGAUUAUCCAAAUUCAAUACCAAAGAUUGAUUUAAUACCUCAUUUAGGAUUAGAGAAAGAGGAUAUUUUAGAAUUACAAGGUAAAGUUAUACAAGAAGCAGAGAAUAAUAUUGGUAUGUCAAUGAUAUUUAUAUUGUGUGGUUUAAUUAAAGAAUGGGUUGAUGAGAAUAAUAUUGAUCCAGAUUUAGAAGAGAGUGAACAAUCAUCCUCCUCAGAGGCUGAAGAUGAUGAAAGACCAUUCGAAGGUACACCAGUCACAGAAGAGGCAUUUUUAGCAUGGAGAAAGAAAUUUAUAGAGGAAACUAAACCAUUUAAAAAAGAGAAACAAUUAAAUAAAUUAACAGGUAGACAAUUAUUCGAACAAGAUACAUCAUUGAAUGCUUCAGAUUCAAGAUUAAUGGAGGAAGGUGAAGAAGCUUCAAAUAUCACUGUAGCUUCAAUUAAACCAAAAUUAGAAGAAGUUGCUGCUCAAGUUGAUUGGUCAUUAUUUGCUGAUGAAGAAAUUAAAGAUGUUGAUUAUGAAGAAGAAGAAUAA